AUGUCCUACCCACACGAGAACCUCAUGUCUGAGCGCGCCAAGGCGCGCGUCACUCGCCACUUCUGGAGCUCUGCCAAGCUUCCCGACGGCGAGGAGCCGCAUCCGGCUCCUAUCAGCCUGGUCGGGGGCAUGCCCAACCACGACUUCUUCCCUGUCAAGAGCAUCAGAAUUGGCAUUGCUGAAAAGCCCUUUGAGGACGGCUAUCACGAGGAAUCCGCUGUGGCUCACGAGCCACAGUCCGACUCCUCGUUCCUGGUGUCGCAGGUCGCGUCCGAUCCCUCGGAGAUCGACCUGAAAACCGGAUUGCAGUACGGCUUCACCAACGGCACCAAGUGUCUCGUGGACUUUACGCGGGAUUUUGUCGCCAAGGUGUGGAGACCGGGCUACGACGAGUGGUCCACGAUGCUCACGUGCGGAGGCUCCAACGGAAUCGACAAGGUGUUCGACUCUUUUCUGAGCAAGGGUGACUCGAUGCUGCUGGAGGAGUUCACCUUUAUUCCGAUCCUCAAUUCCCUCAACAACCUUGGCGUCAACACCGUCCCGGUGAAGCUGGACUUCGGACCCGACAAGACGUUUGAUUUUUCCGCCAACCUCAAGGAGCUGCUCGAGAACUGGGACACCCUGCAUCCAGGCAAAAAGAAGCCAAAACUAUUGUACACUAUCCCCACGGGCCAGAACCCGCUGGGUGUUGCUCAGACCACAGAGCACAAGAAAAAGAUUCUUCAGCUUGCUGAGGAACACGAUUUCGUCAUUCUGGAAGACGAGCCGUAUGCCUACCUCAACUUCCAAAAAGUCUCCGAGACUCCAAAAUUCGACCUCACUCCAGACGAGUUUGUCGACUCUCUGCACGGCUCCUACAUCAACCUGGACACCACCGGAAGAGUCAUCAGGUCGGAGACUUUCUCCAAAGUGUUUGCCCCGGGUCUGAGACUCGGGUUCCUGGCGGGCCACAAACGGGUGAUCCAGAGCUGCACGCAGUACUCGGACCUCGGCUCAAGGGCACCGAGCGGGAUCUCGCAGAUCCUGGUCAACGACACGAUCCGCUACAUGGGCGGCCUGGACGGCUGGCUCAAGUGGAUUAUCAAGGUCAGAAACGAAUAUCUUGUUCGGAAAAAUGCCUUCGUCAAAGCUCUUCUGAAUACAGAGGCCGCUAAAAAGGGCUACUUACAGGUCAUGGAUCCGGAGUGCGGCAUGUUCGUCUCCAGCGUCGUCGACUUUGGCAAGGACAAUCUGGAAAAGGGCAUCGAGCUUCUCAAGGCAAGGUGCGCGGUCAACGGAGUGGGCGUUGUGUAUGGAGGCGCCAUGGCCGUUAGCUAUGAGUUCUCCAAGGAACGCGCCAACUUCGUCCGGAUGGCCAUCUGCUACACCGGAAGCACCGAUCUGCUGGUGGAGGCCGCCACCAGACUCAGCAAGUCCGUUUUGCAGGUUGCUGCCCAACUAGAAUAG